CGGUACAAAAUUAGCGAACGAACCACCAAGCGACGAGCCAAAAUCCAAAGCAAGAGGCAAAUCUCCUUCCAUUUUCAAGCCGUAUUUUAUCGUGAAAAGCAGUGAAAAAUCCCAUCCAAGCGGGUUAUAAGUGUCGGAUAAGGUGCCUAGCAGUGGUGAGUGGUGUAAUUUUAGCAAAAUUCAGUGUCGUUGUGAAGUAUUCGUGCGUGAAAGCUGCGCUUGUUUUGGGACAGUUUGGGCGCACAGCACUACACAGUGAAAUUCACCCAAAAGCGAUCAACAGAACGCGACUUGCUGAUUCUACCAGAAGCCAGAGGCGGCGAGUGUAACCUUUUGCGGUAAACCCCUUCUACCAUGGGCAAGGAGAUCGACCCGGCCGACAUUGGCAAACACCCGGAUCUGAUCCGCAAGGCACAAGCGGAAAUGACCCAGAGCGAUGUGCUGGUCUGCGGCCGAUGCCACAGCGUGUUCCACUUCAUCGAGCUGUUCAAGGAGCACAAGGAGCAGGAGUGUCGCAAAGAGUCCACCCUGAAGGACUGCCGCGAAACCAAGGCCAAGGUUUGGGCGUUUUUGCUCUGGAAGGCCGCCCAGCUGAACAACGAUGGAGUGGAUUCCAGCGCGGGCAACGUCAACUCAUGGAAGCUGUACCAGACCUGGGUUAAGCUGGAGGAGUCGGUACGGGAGACCUGGAUCGUGGCCGGUCGUACGAUCCAAUCGUUCGCCAGGAUGGGACAAGGAAACCUACAGGAAAUGCCUGUAAAGAUCACUAAAACUAUCAUCGAAAGUGGACCGGAUGAAAAGAAACCGAUCAAUGCCAUUGCCUCUCAACCGACGAAACCGAAUCAGUUUACGCCGAACCGGAAGCCUGAUAUUAAGACAGGGUUGUCACCGGUGGCGACUUCAACACCAGCCAGAGCACCCGAACCGGAGGUGAAGAAACCGCCAAUUUCCACUCAGGUCAAGAAACCAGAACCGGCUUUGGUGAACAAAGCAGCAGGAAAACGUUCCGUCGCCAAGCGUACUACUGGUACCGGCGAGAUCGUCGAGGAGGAAGUCGAAAAGAUUUUGGCCAAGCGGUUCAACCCCCGUCGCAUGGAACAUGAAUACCUGGUCAAGUGGACCAAAUUUGCCCACGAUCAGAACACCUGGGAACCGUUGAUCCACCUGCAGACCUGCCAGAGCGUCCUGGAAUACUUCGAGGUGCAGCUGGCCAAACAGAAGGAACAACGGGCAGCGGCAGCCGCCAGAACACUACAACAGCAACAAGCGGAGAAGGCCAAGGCCGCUUCUGCAGCUGUAGCGGUUUCUUCCGCGGCAUCUGCUACCACUACCACUCCUACUUCGGGUCCAAUAACCGUUACUAUCUCACCAGCUCCAAACCUGACGGUCACCGUGACUAAAACGGCCUCCCCGGGACCAGCGGCUGUAGUGACGACUCAAGCCCUGUCAACCCCACAACCCACAACCAUUCCCGUAGCACUGACCUCACCGCUUGGAGGAAGACCUUCGCGUAACUCCAAGAUCAACGCCAUGGACAAGGUCAAACAGUGGGUUGGGAGUAGCCCAUUGACCCAAGCCGGAGGGAGUUCUGGCAACGAAGAAACGUACGGCAAACGUAAGCUCGACAGCGACUACGAACCCGAAGAAGAGGACGAAAUAACUAUCAAGAGGGUCAGGACCGACAGCGGAGCAGUGAACCAGGCGUUGGUCAAAGCUCAACAGAGUGGAAAUGUGAAGAUCGUUCCUGUCGGAGCGAAGUCUCCGGUGAAGGUGGUGAAUGGAGUCGGUGGAGUGGUCAAAAAAGAGGAAGGUAAUGCCGCGGAAGUUAUUGUCAAAACGGUGAAGGAUGGAACCGCUAGUGGAGUGGUGAAGAAACCUGGGUUCACUGGCGCCAAGAACGUUGCAGGAGAAGCUCAGGUUCAGAUUGUGAACCGAGGGGAAGUACCGAAGCAGGGCGUCUUCAAGGUUAAUGCCAAUACGCCUUCUCCGCAGCCAUCGCCAAUUCCGGCACAAAGACCAACUCCUCCUGGAAUGACCACAACCACAACUACACGAAUCGUCCGGAAGAACAUCGGAGGAACUCAGCAACUUGUGAAACAAGUCGUCAGAACAACCGUUCCGAUCCAGCAAGCUCAACAACAACAAGCUCAAGCUGGCCACCAGCAGAGGCAACCUUUGCAGAAGAUGGUGAACAACAGCAGUCCUGUCGGGGCACCCAUUCCCAAGCUGACCACCAACAUUGUUCAACGCAGCUCUCUUUCACCUGGACUAACCAACAAGCCUCCAAUCAAUCGAAACAUUCGCAGUGCUCCCACUUCCAAGACCACAACCCCAGAACAGAAAAUCAAUGCUCUCCGGAAGCAAGGCCUGAACGUUGUCAAGCGAGUCGUGUCCCCAGCGACACAGGUAGAACACAAACCCGCGGUGGGUGGCCACGAAGAAGAAGAAGACGAUGGCAUUCCCGAUCCAUUCCCAUCCAAUUUCACCAAUCCGGCUCCUCCAUCGCCUCCAAGAGCCAUGACCCUUUGCCCUGUCACCGGAAAAGUACUCGGCCAAGCCGAAGGUGAACCAGCACCAACUCCGGAAAGUCACGACGACAAAGCGAAACUCAAAAAGCUCCCAAUGCAUCAACAGCAGCAGCAGCACCACCACCAGCAAGAGCAGCAUGACGCUCAGCAGCAGCAGGAGCAGGACACUCAGGUUCAGCAGAUUCUCACUAAUGAGGACGGUUCGCCGAUCAUUGUGGCGGGAGAGGAUGGCACUCUGUACCAGGUGGCCGGCAAGAACGCAGAAGGUCAAACGAUUCUGAUCGCACAGGGGGCGGAUGGCGAGCAGCAGUGCGUCCUGGUGGCAUCCCAAGAGGGUGAAGGCGAAGAAGGUGCCGGCGGGGUACUGACACUGGAUGCGGCCGUUUCCGAGGCCGUGGCACAGAUCGGCGGUCCGCAGGAGGGACAGCAGAUGACCGAGGAGCAAGCUGCCCAGUACAAAAUGCAGGAAGGCGUCGACCCCAACCAGCAGUUGACGAUCCAGACGGAAGAUUCUCAAGAUGGACAGAUUACGGCCGAGGUGGUGCAAGCGGAUCAACCGUCGCCAGGUGGCACCCGGCGAGUGGUUCUGCUGCUACCCGAUGGCAGUUUCAUGAUGACCGAGGUAAACGAGGAACAGUACCAAUCGUUAAAUUUGGUAAAUUAGAAGCGAAUGCGUUGUGUCUCUUCAGAAUGUUAACUAGAUAUUUCAAGCAAAACUUAUCUUAGAUCGUGUAUUUCGGCUUAGAUAUACGCGUUAGAUUUAGUCUGACUGUAGGUAAGUGAAGAUCAAGUGUGUUAAUUUUUAUUUAGCAAUAUAAAGUUCCAUACUGACUAGUGUACAGAUGCUUCGAAUGGCAUACCAUUUGCUUUCAAUCGAGAAGUUCCUUCUCGAUUUAUUAUGCAUAUGUUCGUUUAGCCGUAGAUUAUGUAUGUAAAAGAAACCGAACUUAUUAAGACGUUUAAUAUAAAACUGCUGACCGGGAAUGUUCGAAUACGAGCAAAUACUAAUAAGCUUUAGACGAUUUAAAAAUAUUAGAUUGUUUGAUUUACGAGACAAUGUCAAAAAAGAACAGUGUAUCAUCAAGUUAAAUUAUAGCCUAAAAGAAAAUUUA